AUGCUCCAGCUGAAGACUGUGAUGCAUCAGCCCUUAGAGAAGAAGGGACCUGCUGAGAGGGGAGUGAAUGAGUGGAAGACUCAGCCUGAGAAAGCAGGAUUCUCCUCUGUGUCCCACAGUGGGAAAUAUUCCUUGAUCCAGGAUCAGGCUCGAGAGUUGACCCACCUGCGGGAAAAGAUGAGGAUUGGGAGGGCUGUCUCUUCCCUUCUCCUCCAACAUGUCAAGAACACAGUGAAGACCUUUGAAGAGCUCCUCAGCAGUAAUAAGAUCGACUACUACAUGGAGCAGCGUUUCCGUGAGCAGCUGGCCAAGGGCAGCCAGCUGGCGGAGAGCCUGGCCAGCAGAUUCAACACAGAUGACUGUAUAAGUAAGAAGAAUCAAAGACAACAGGUGCUGCGGAACCUCAGUAUCUUAAGGGAGUUGCAGAAGAAGGGUAAAAUGAUGGAAGUCCUAGAGACCAAGCAGGAUGCCCGGCCCCAGACUAGGCCCCAGACCCGCUCCAGCAGCCAUGCCCAGUCCGCUGCCCAUCGCUCCUCUAGCAGCACGUCCCCACAGUCUGACGAGCAGGAAGUGCGCCCUGCAGUGGAUGUGGCCAAUGUCAGCCCAGCCACUCCUGCUGAUUCAGGUUCAUUGCCCAGCAACCAUUCAGAAGCCAUGUCUGCUCAGCCCUUCUAUCCUUUGAGUGGCACCACACAGAUGAGUGGGACACCAGACCCUGGGCUUCAUGGCAGCAGUGGCCCAUGGGACGAGAUGAGGCCUCAGAAGAUGAAUGCAUCUGGGAACCUAUCCUCCUUCUCCUCUUUAUACCAGCCCAACUCCAAGCCCUCUGGGGCCGACCUGCUGGAAAAGAAUCUUGUUGAGAUCCGGAACCUGCGCCAGCGCCUGGAGGAAUCCAUAUUCGUCAAUGACCGCCUGCAGGAGAGGCUGGAAUAUGUGCUCAGCAAUGCUCACCAAGGAAAAAGCACUGCACAGCCAGCUCCAGAUGUCUCCCUCGCAACCCCUCAUUCAUACACUGAGAGUCACUAUUCUGGCUCUGGUAAGGACAUCUUGUGACAUGACAACAGGAGGGUCUAGAGAUAUGUUCUCCAGAUUUUCCAGCCCUAUCCAACAGCAUUUGUGGGUGUAAACUUGGAGGCAUCAGACAUUACCUUUAAAU